CUCUCUUACCUUUAGUGUAUUUUUCUUCUUCUCUUCUUCCAUUUCCUCUUUUAUCUUACUUUUUAUUUUCUAUCUCCUCUUUCAGUUUCCUUCUCCUCCUACUCCUCCUCUUCCUCCUCCUCCUCCUCCUUCUUCUUCCCCUUCUUUCUUUUUCUUGCUCUUGUUCUUCUCCUCCUCCUCUUCCUCCUUCUUCUUCUCUUGUUUUCUUCGUUUGAUUUUCCUUUUCAUCUUCUUUUUCUUCCUCUUUCACGCCACCACCACCACUACCACCACCACCACCACCACCACCACCACCCCACUCGUGAAGAAGGCGAAGAAGAAACUCUACCCAAACUAAAUGAGUGAUCGUGCUAAGAGAAUGACCAAAACUAACUUCACUUGACCUAACUUUCCCUAACCUGACCUAAUAUAACCUAACCUAACUUGACCUAAUCUCACCUAACCUGACCUACCCUAAGUAACUUAACUUCACCAUACCUAACUUAUCCUAAUCUAACUUACCUAGCCUUACCUAACUUGACCUGACCUAACCUGGCCAUGGGCAACACCAGCGCUGUCGUGUGCCUCACCCCGCCUCCCAAGACCUCCUCCAGCGGCAGGGGCCCCAGCAGUGCCUCCUCCAGGAACCAGGCAAGGGUAGUGCUAGGAGGAAGCAUGGCUGGGCUACAGAGGGACAGGAUCGGCCAGCGUCCCUACCACGAGCAUACGGGGGAUAAUAUUUGCCCUAACAUGGUCCGGGGCAUUGACUACCUGAGGGACCCGAGGCUGAACAAGGGCAUGGCCUUCACCCUGGAGGAGCGGCAGGUGUUGGGUCUCCAUGGCCUCAUCCCGCCCCGAUUUAAGACACAGGAGGAACAAGUGGAUCUGUGCCGCAAGAAUGUGGAACGCUACCAGGAACCACUCAAUAAAUUCAUCUACCUGGCUGGUCUGCAGGACCGUAAUGAGCGGCUGUUCUACCGUCUGCUGAGUGAGAAUGUGGAAGAGUACAUGCCCAUUGUGUACACUCCCACUGUGGGUCUUGCCUGUCAGAAGUUUGGCCUCAUCUUUCGACGUCCCCGUGGUCUGUUCAUCUCGAUCCAUGACAAGGGGCAUGUGUACGAGGUGAUGAGGAACUGGCCUGAGAGUGAUGUGAGGGCUAUUGUGGUGACGGACGGAGAGAGAAUCCUUGGUCUGGGUGAUCUUGGAGUGCAAGGCAUGGGUAUUCCUGUGGGCAAGUUGUCCCUCUACACUGCUCUGGCCGGCAUCAAACCUCACCAGUGCCUGCCCAUUGUCCUCGAUGUCGGCACUAACAGGAAGGAAUUGCUGGAGGAUGAAUUCUACAUUGGCAACCGGCAUGAGCGGGUGACAGGCGAGGCGUAUGACAGCUUCAUUGAUGAGUUCAUGCAGGCGGUGGUGCAACGCUAUGGCCAGAACACUCUCAUUCAGUUUGAGGACUUCGGGAACCACAACGCCUUCCGAUUCCUGGAGAAGUACCGUGGGAAGUACUGUACCUUUAAUGACGACAUCCAGGGCACAGCUUCAGUGGCAGUGGCUGGCAUCCUUGCCUCUCUGCGCAUCACCAAACACAAGCUGGCUGACCACAAGUUCCUCUUCCAAGGCGCUGGAGAGGCAUCUCUGGGUAUUGCCAACCUCAUAGUGAUGGCCAUGCAGGAGGAGGGUCUGGGGGAGGAGGAGGCGCGGUCCAAGAUCUGGCUGGUGGACUCACGUGGCCUCAUUGUGAAGGACCGGCCCAAGGGAGGCAUCACUGGGCACAAGCAGUCCUUUGCUCACCCUCAUGAACCAAUGGAUGGACUGGAAGAUAUUGUGAGGGAACUGAAACCCACUGCUGUUAUUGGUGCUGCAGCCAUUGGUGGAGUUUUUACACCUCAGCUUCUCAAAGACAUGGCUGCUAUCAAUGAAAGGCCAGUCAUCUUUGCCCUCAGUAACCCAACUAGCAAGGCUGAGUGCACUGCCGAGGACUGCUACAAGUACACCGAGGGCCGCGCUGUGUUCGCUUCAGGCUCCCCCUUCAGUCCUGUCACCCUCAAUGGCCAGACCUUCUACCCUGGCCAGGGCAACAACGCAUACAUCUUCCCCGGGGUGGCACUGGGAGUCAUCUGCACAGGCAUUCACCACAUUGAGGACAGUAUCUUCCUCAUGGCCGCCAAGGCGUUGGCAGAUAUGGUGACAGAGGAGAACCUGAGUCAUGGCCGCCUGUACCCUCCUCUCUCAGACAUCAGAAACUGCUCCCUCAAGAUUGCCGUGUACAUUGCCGAACAUGCUUACAAGACAGGCAUUGCGUCCACCUACCCUCAGCCCAAGGACCUGUUUAAGUUCAUUGAGGACCAGCAAUAUAACUGUGACUAUGACAGCUGCUCAGCCCUCCCCAAGACCUGGAAGUGGCCUGACCUCACCACCUUUGACCCCAAGGCUGCCUAAGGUGGGGAGAUAUACUGCAUGUGGUGGGAGGAAGAAUUACUAUGACAACAUUAGCAACAACAAUCUCCCUCCCAGUGUCAACACCACCACCACCACCACCUUCGACCCCAAGGCUGUAUAAUAUGGAGAGAAAUUGUGUUUGCAGUGGGAGAAACAACAACAAGAACUAAAACUACAGCAACAACAAUAGCAACAAUGACAGCCUUUCUCCUGCCCUCCUUACCACCACCACCACUACUACCACAAUCUUAAAGUCCUUGGUGGGUGUCUGAUGUUUGUUAAGACUCAUUAGCUUCACAUCAGAGGAAAGACAUGUUUGCUCUGUGUCUUAACUAAUUAUUCUGAAGACAUCUAAAGUUUAUAUAUUAUUCAGAAUUUUCAUAGGAGGAACAUUUUUUUCCCCUUUUCUGUCUUCACUCACUCCAUUUAAAGUUCCCAAAGUUUAAGUAUUUUCAUAAUUUCAGAGGUGAAGGAAAGAGAAAAUUUUGGCUCCUCAUCCUCACUGUGUACAUUUGACACCCAAAAGUUUAUGCAUCUUAGGAAUUUCAUGACAGAAGGAGAGAGAAAAAUUCAUUCUUUACCUUCACUCAGCACUGGAACACCCAAAUUUCACAGCAGGAGGAAAGAAAAAAAAUAGUUCCUUGUUAGUUCUUUGUCUUCUUUUAAUGCAUGGAAGACAGUGAAAAAUAUUUAUGUUCAGGUUAUAUGACAGAAGAGGAAUAAGAGGUUUAUUUAUAAUGUUCAUGUGCUAGAGUGUUACUGCAUGGAUAAUAUUAAAGUUUGUCAUAAGGAAAUGUUAUGGUAGAGCAGAGAGAAGAGAUUUGGCUUGUGUGUAUGGUGUCACUGCUGUGCUAUUGAAACUAACUGAUGCAUGGUUUAGGCUUCAGGAAACAAUACAAGGAGGAAAUAUUGAAUCUUGUACAUAGUGCUAGCUUCUGAAAUAUGAAAUAUGAGAGACAGGGAAAGGGAAAGGUGAUGAAACUUGCUUGUUUAUGAUGCCAACUGUUGAAACAUUAUUGAAACUUAGUUUAAUGUGACAAUAACUUUUUAAAGCUUAGAAGACAAUGAAAGAGGAGGAUACUGAGCCUUGUAAAUUAUAUUAGGUCAUGAAACUUAAGAGAUAGUGAGAGAUGAAUGUUUUGAAACUUGUCAAUGAUGUUAGAUUCUGAAAGUUAGCAAACAGUAAAAGAAAAUAUUGAAAUGUAAAUGAUUGAAACUUGUAAGGGAUGUUAACUCCUUGAACUUGGAAAACAGUGAAAGAAGAUAUUAUUGAAUCUUGUAAAUAAUGUCAGCUCUUAAAACUUUAGGGAACAGUGAAAGAAGAUAUGUUAACUUGUAAAUACCACUAACUCACUAUUAAGAAAAAAUACCAAAAAAGGAAAGUAUUAUUGAAACUUGUACAUGACACUAACCUCAGAAACUUUAAAAAAAAAAAAAAAUAUAUAUAGACAAAAAUGAAUAAAUAAAUAAAUAAAAGGUGAUUUUGAAACUUAUUAUACUGAUACAAGUUACAUUCACAUGAAUUCAGAGAUGUGUUAAGGCUGUGUAUAGUCAUUUCAGCGUAUGGAGGACGCAAAGGAAGAUAUGAUGUGAAAAAUAUACUGUGUAAAAAAAAAGAAUGUUAGUUUAAUAUUGUAAAGAGCAGGAGAGAGAGAGAGAGAGAGAGAGAGAGAGAGAGUUAAAGAUAAAUAUAGAAUCAAAUAAGUAUAUAAAAGAAAACCACUUAAGAUGAGAACAUAAAAACAUACUGAAUGGACAUUCAAGUUUAUUCAACACACUUGGAUGAAGGAAAAAGAGAAAAUAAAUAUAUGUAAAAAAAAUAUGAAAGAAGAAAAUACAAAAACACACUGCAUUACAAAAUUUGAGGUUUUAAACACACUUAGCAGAAGAAAAAGUAAAAUCAGAGACAUACAGAAUAAAAAUGAGACAAUAAGGCAAUCUAAAUAAAUAUACUGCACAGAAAAAAAAAGUUAACACUCUUAGCAGUAGAAAAAAAGAGUGAGAAAGAAUUAGAGACAAUAAAAAAAAAGUGUGCAAAUAUUUCCUGAACAAAAAUAAAACACAAACACACACACGCAUAUCAUCCCAUCACACAUAAAAGAAAAGAGAAAGAAAGAGAAAGAGAAAAAACAGGACAUAAGCUUAACUCAGUCCAACAAUAAAAUAGAAAUUAGGUAGAUGCAGAUACACAAAUCCACCUAUACGUCAUUUACAUCAGCACCAAUUAGCCUUGUAUAUACAUUAUAAUGCUAUCAUUUGUAUCAAUCCAUGUCACUUUUCUUCACGCACACACACACACACACACACACACACACACACACACACACACACACACACACAUACACUUCUCAGGAUAGAUUUUAAAUUUGCACUGCUUUGUGAUAAGAGUCUAAGGGUCUUUCCUUGCCCAUCACUCAUGCUGCCUGCCUCCCAUCACCUUGUCUGUACAUAGAGAGAGGAAUGGUUCAGCUCCCUUGACAGUAGAAAGAUGGGUGAUAGAACUCAUUCAUAGCAAGGAAGAGAGAGAGAGAGAGGAAUGGUUGGUCUCUCUUCACCAUAGAAAGAGGAAUGUAAUUUGACUACAGGAAGGGGAGUAGUCCGACUCUCUUGGGAACAGAAACAGGGAUGGUUCGGCUCCCUUGACAAUACAAAGAGGAGUAAUGUAAUAACCAUAGAAAGGGAAAUAUUGUAUCUCUCUUGGCCAUUGAAAGAGAAAGAGGAAUAGUGUAACUUAACCAUAGAAAAGAGCAUUCUAACUCUUUCAGUCAUAGAUAGAGGAAAAGAUGAACUCCUUUGACCAUAAAAAGAGGAGAAAUAUUACUUUUUCAGUCACAUAGUAAAGAUUUAUCUCCCAUACAAGAAGCAACAUAUUGUUCCUCUCUUAGGCCACAAAGAGACUGAAGACACUCAACCUUACAGAGAGAAGCAACAUAACUUUCUACUCAUAGACAGAGGGUGAACAUGGCCUCUCUCAGCCAUUCACUAUAUAUCACAGCCUUACCAGAUGUUUAUUUUGCUUUGACGUGAUUGUACGAUAAAGUAUGUGUAUGUGUGUUUGUCCGCCUCACGUCACGUCUCGUUGCGUUCUCAUGAGACAUGAUGUAAUCUGGGCUUGCUCCGGCUUACUCUUACUCCUCAGCCUGCUCCCUCCUUCCCCACCUGUAAUUGAAUCUAUUUUUGUGCACUCUUAUCUAGAUUUAAGUGUGGAGUGGCAAGUAUACUUCCCACAAAGUAGUAUUCAAUUACUCCUCCUCAGUGAUGUUCAGUAUCUGGGUGACUGAUGGAGAAGCCAGAUGUUGUCACCACCAACACCACCACCCUCACUACUGCCUCUCUUUUGUGUGUCCUUGUGAAUAUUGCCAGCAUAAUGAGUCCUGAGUCUGGUGUGUCUUGUGAAGUGUGUGGCUGCUGCUACUACUACUACUAUUACUAUUGUUUUACUUAUAUUACUACUACUACUAUUACUAAUACUACUAUUAUUAUUAUUAUAGUGUAACUGGUGUCAUGAGUUAUUGUGGCACUAACUCAGUUUCUACUAUUGCUAUUACUACUACUACUACUACUACUACUACUACUACUACUACUACUACCACAAAAACACCCUAGUAUUUAUGUCCACACUUACACAUACACACACAGCAGCAGCCACCACACUAGCACAGCACAACCAGGCCUCAGUGCAACAUUACAGCAUAACAGCAUUACAACAGCAGCACCAGCCAGCCUUCCCUCAGAGCACACUAUCACAGCAGCAGUCCCAGUAACAGCACAGCUUCUCUCACCCCCUCAAUCCCUCACUUCCUCACCCCCUCACCCUUCCCUUGCCUCUACCAAUGUGAUCUUGUACUUGCCUGUGAGAUGUAAAUAUGUGUGACAGGCCAGGAAGGUACUUGAAGUCACUAGAAUGAAUACAUGAAUAGGUAGAUGAAUAAAUAAGCCAGAAUAUGAAAUGCAGAGGAGGGAUGCAUAGAUAGAAGUGUACUAUUGAAUAUUAUGUACGUAGUUUAUUGUGUAUUUCAUGUAUGUUUGUGUUUUGUUCCUUUUUUUUUUUUUGUGUAUAUCAAAGUGAAUUGGGGGAAAAGAAAUAAUGAGUCUGGUCUCCAUUUCUUCAUUUUUCGCUUUCUUUUUUCUCUCAGAGUUUAAACCUUUCAACUCCAAGGUGGAUUUUGAAGUAAAGGACUGCACACACAACUCCUCAUCACCCUUGUACUCCUUGAAAUCCUUUGGCAUCCUUGUGUAGAGAGGCUAGGACAUAUAAAGAACCUGCUAUCUGUCAGGGAUGUCUCACUCUUGUGUACUGAACUGUGAAGUGUCUGAGGAGAGCUAACCUUACUCUACCACCUCUCAUGCUCCCUCACUGUACUAAAUCAACUUCACAUAAUCUAAGUUUGUGAAGUGUCUGAGGAGAGCUAACCUUCUACACCUCUUCUUUCUCUUUCACUCUACUAAACUAACCUCAUGCAUUUUGAUUAAGCUUCUGAAGUGUCUGAGGAGAACUAACCUUAUUCCAACACCUCUCCUGGCUCCCUCACUGUACUAAACUAACCUCACACACUCUGAUUAAAUUUGUGAAGUGUCUGAGGAAAGCUAAUCUUGUCCCACCACUUCUGGCUCCUCCCUACCUCUCUCUGGCCCUCCCUGGCUCCCCAUGUUCAUGCCCACAGUAGGAGAGGCAACAAAAGUGGUGAUUAUUUUCCUAUUGCAUCACACAGAGAUGAGUUGUUAUAUUUUUCCAAGGUAAUAUGUAUGUAUAUGUAUUAAGGUGUUACUGCUACUACUACUACUCCUGCUAAUACUACUACCACCACUAUUACUGUUGCUACACUUCUCUUUCUUCACCUUCAUAUUUUAGUACCUUCAAUACUGUUACUACUACUACUACUACUACUAUUACUACUACUUAAUACAAAUCUUUUCCACCACCACUACUACUACUACUACUACUACUACUACUACUACUACUACUACUAUGUAUGUUUGCCAAAUUUUUAUACUAAGCGCCCCAAGACCUGAGCUGUUGUUUGUAGACUUGUUGAGCUUUUUCCCUUAAGGAGCGCUGUCAAGAUGGACUAACUCUACCUAUCAUAGCACCUUAAGGAGUAACCCUAGCAAAUGUAAUGAUGGAGGAUUGACAGAAAAGGAAGGAUAUCAUAAAUGAAUAGAAGAAGAAUGAUGAUAGUGGGAAAUGAAUAUAUGACAAGGCAGUUUUUCUUCUUUAUUAUUUGUGAUGUUAUUUGUGGAUUCUAGAGAUUUUUGGGGGAGAAAGAGGAAAAUUAUGGCUACUGUCCUCCUGGUCUUGUAUUAUCAGUGUUAUUAAGGUUUUGAGGGGGAAAAAGAAGGAAAAUAUUGAAUUUACUGUCCUCAUUGCCUAGUAUUAUCAAUUUUAUUAAGGUUUUGAGAGGAAAAAGGAGGGAAAUAUGAUUACUACCCCUUUCAUCUUUUAUUAUUGAUUUUAUUAGGUAUUGCAAAGAGAAAGAGGGAAAAUAUUGAAAUUACUGUCCCCAUCGCCUUGUAUUGUUGAUUUUAUUAAGGUUUGAAAGGAGACUGAGAGAAAAUAAUAUGGUUACUACCCCCCCUGUCACCCUCUCCUCUCCCUCCUCUCUCCCUCAUGAGUAUAUCAACCCCUCUGUGAUUGUUGAAGAUAUGUACGAGAUGUGUGUUUAUUUCUCUACAGUAUCAUUCAACAAAACUGUACUGUGUAGAUAUGGAAGGUAGAUGAUGAAGAAUAAUAAAGUGGAAUGAUUAAUAAA